UGCGUGCCUCUCCAGGAUCAACACAGACGCCGCUCAGAGCAGAGUCUCAGCCGGAGAACCAGCCGCAGCCAGUUCGUGUCAGGGAACAUUUCCACACUUUUAACACCGAUAUGCUUAUUUAGCUGCAGUUAUCUGAAGUCGACAGUGCUGAUAUAAGUAAAGAAGUAUUGAUAAAAUACACCCGGAGAUCCCCGUUACUCGGGUUGAACACUUUGGGCGGUGACAAACAGUCAGAGAACAUGGAGAGCCUGCACUCCCACUGCCUCAACUGCAUCAAGAGAAGAUGCAUGGUGAGACCAGAGCCGGGGGUUUGCUGCGACCUCAUCGGCUGCCCCCUCGUCUGCGGAGCAGUGUUUCACUCGUGCAAACUGGAGGAGCACCGUCUGCUGUGUCCGUACGAGCGGCUGCCGUGCCUUAACAGCGUGUUCGGCUGCCCCUUCUCUAUCGCGAGGAUCAGGAUGGCAAAACAUCUGGCAACGUGCCCGGCGAGCAUCGUGUGUUGUACUAUGGAGUGGAACCGCUGGCCUGUGAGCUACGCAGAUCGCGAGUCUUAUGAAAACUUGAGCAAAGACUUUGAUGAGGUGGAGCAGCUGGACAUGGCCUUAGCUCUGCAGGAUCAGAGGAUGCUGCUGGAGUCCCUGAAGGUCACGACCACCGUGUCAAAGAACGGAGAUAAGGAAGUGGUUGAAAGGGACAAAAUGGCCACUGCGUCCAGUCUCCCGGAGGCGGUGCCGGCACCGGUGGAGAUGGAAGAGGAGCCAUACGGCGGGUUGUACAGAGGCUCCGUGGACACGAGCAGAAGUUUAGCAGCGGCCUUGGACAUCCUCACCAACUCCAAGGAUAUUGAAGUGAUUGUUGGAAACUUAAACGGGGACAGGACUGAUAAGAACGGAGCGCUCCACGAUGGAGAAAACGGUGACGGUCGUCACGUUUAUGUCGCGGAGGGCGGGAAGAAUGUGGACAUGCAGGAGAGCGACUCGGACUCAGAGUGUGAACUGGGAGCAGUGGGAGGAGUGGACUGUGCAGUCGGGACAGAUGAUGGGAUUAACUGGGUGGAAGAAAAUGAUUUAGUAGAGUUGUUUGACGAGAAAGGCGACGUCAUCGAGAAGCCGAUCAACGAUUACGACCUGCUGUGGCCAGCGAGGCCUCAGGACUGCCUGCCUGUCGUCGCUCUGGAGCCUCCGACGCCCCAUCAAGCGCCAGCUCCACGUCCGAUGCCAUUCCUGCUGUCGGACCACGUGAGGAAUAACUUCCUACAACACUUACCCACUGAACUCAGGUACCGCUGUUUAGAGAGGAAACUCCAGAACGUGGAAGUGCUCCGAGGAAUAAGCAUGUUUACAUUUAACGGGCGUCGGGCGCUGCUGUCGGACCCGUACUUAUUUCGAGCAAAGAUGGAGGACAAGUCCGUGGACACGUCUGACCUGGAGGUAGCGGACGACCCCUUGGGCCUCCACGGCAUCGACCUCAUCACUGCGGCGUUGCUCUUCUGCCUGGGCGACUCCCCGGGGGGGCGAGGCAUUUCGGACAGCAGAUUUGUCGACGGCUACCACAUCGACUUUGGUACGCAGACGUUCUCCUUCCCUUCGGCCAUCCUCGCCACCAACACCAUGGUGGGAGACAUCGCCUCGGCCUCCGCCUGCGACCACGCCAGCCCGCAGCUCUCCAACCCGAGCCCCUUCCACACCCUCAGGCUGGACCUGGUGCUGGAAUGUGUGGCUCGGUACCAGACGAAGCAGCGCUCCAUGUUCACGUUCGUGUGCGGGCAGCUGUUCCGGCGGGACGAGUUCUCGUCGCAUUUCAAAAACGUGCACGGUGACAUUCACGCCGGGCUCAACGGCUGGAUGGAGCAUCGCUGCCCCCUGGCCUACUAUGGCUGCACCUACUCCCAGAGACGCUUCUGCCCGUCUGUGCAGGGCUUCAUGGUCAUCCACGACAGACACCUCGGCUCCUUCGGGGUUCGGCCCGGCGUGCCUUUAAGCGCUGGGGAAAACCUCCCGAGGAUAAGCUGCCGCUUCGGCUCCCGGUGCGACCAGUUCAGCGGUCUUCCCUUCGAGGUGCUGCAACACGUGGCGAGCUUCCUGGACGGCUUCAGCUUGUGCCAGCUGUCCCGGGUGUCCCGCACCAUGAGGGACGUGUGUGCCAGUCUGCUAAAGAUGCGGGGCAUGGUCGUCCUGCUGUGGGAGAAGACGCGGCGCGCUGACGGCUCGUCUUCGUGGCAGAUCACAAACAAGGUGUGGAGGUUCAGCACGGCUUUUGGGACGGUGAACGAGUGGAAGUUCGCCAACAUCGCCAGCAUGGCCGACCACCUCAAGAAGUGCAAGUUCAACCAGAUCUCUCGUCGGGAUGAGGCCGUGCCGCUGCCCUGCAUGUGUUUCACCAGGGAGCUCACCAAGGAGGGAAGGUGUUUACGCUCCGUUCUCAAACCUGUUGCCUGAGCGAGCCGAGGGCGUCCUGAGACAUCAGAACUCAGCUUCCUCCAGUGUUUACAGUCUCUUCUGCCUAAAGAGAACUCCUGGGGAACGUUAGGAAUGUCUACGUGCUGCCGUCGCCAUCUUCCACUCAUCUAUUCAGACAUGUACACGACCACGUGGGUUUUAUAUCGUCCUGUGCUACACGGCGUUCUGGUGCAGGUUUCUACCUUGUGACCACACAAUUCAUUCUACAUUUUAAAAAGGAAAACUUCCCCCCUGUACAUCAGCUCCUCCGUGUGUCCUUGAACUCCUAAAGACAACUUUAUUUCCUCUGCUGCCUCCGCAGAGAACCAAGAAUCAGAGACGUAGAACAGUCUUGAUGAAGUUUACAAACUCUAAUAAUAAAGUCUCUUUAUAAGCAUCUUCACUAAAACUAAACCCGUCCUGGUGAACAGCUGACGCCGAUGUUUUUACUUCUGCUUCCAGAACUCGGUGACACUGAUGGUUAACGUUAAGGGUGAACUUCCCCUUUAAGGCCAAACAUCUGUGGGGGGGGUCUGCACGGUGUCUGCACGAUGAGCAUGACGCUCAGCGUUCGGAGGAGAUUGUUACACUUUUCUCGUGCAGAUUAAUGUUUGUAUAUUUAUUACAGAAAUAUAAAGAAAUUAAUUUUACUGACUUUAAAUAACUUUACAAAUAUAUUAUAAUACAGAAGUGUUAGAAAGUAAUUAUUAUAUUAUGAGGCUGCAGGUUUGAAGUUUGUUCAUCUAUAUUAAAAGUAAUAAAGACACUUCGUACAUCACAACAUCUGGAGGAGCAGAGGAAUGGUUUCCAUAGUAACACAUCAGCAGCGAGGCGGUGGUGCUGUGCAGAGUGACAGGAUGAAUGUGCUCCUGCAGGACAGGUGUGGACACACACUGUUCAGUUUCAUUAUUUAUCUUGUGUGUUGGCGUCUCAGGGUUGUAGCAUGAUGUUAUUAUGGGAUGUACCGCUCAGUAUUCUCUGGACUCAGUUUAUAACCAGGAAGUAAAACCCGGCCGUCGGCAGAACUUGGGUUUGUUUGAAGAGAUAAAGUCUGACAGGAAGUGAUUACUGUGCGAGUUUGUUUUUAUACGUUUGAAGCGAUGACAUCACUAAGCUGUCUUUUUACUUUAAGCAGUAAAUGUAUUGUUUGCUUUGUUUCUGUUUUUUACUGGUACUUUGAUUUGUAUUUUGAAUGAUUUGCACAUGAAGGCAUGUACUGUAAACUUUAAUGUUCAUUCUGAGGGUGUUUUGCUGAAGUAGCGGGAACUUUUCUCCCUCGAGUUAAUGCAUGCAAGUUUGAAACUAUCACGAGUCUCUCACACACACACACACACACACACACACACAUAUAUACACAUCGUACAGAUUAUUUCUCAGGCUCAGAGCGUCAGUGAAGACAUGUCACCGUCAGUCUCCUGUUCAGUAUCUGCAUCAACACUUCACUGACGGCUGUUUUUCACGAUCUGCUUCAGAUGUUUGACUUUUGAAGCAUUUUAAUAAAGAAGCUGUUUUUAAAUGUUUG